AGAGAAUUAAGAGAAAGAGAGAUUUGGAAAUAUAUAUUUAUAUAUAAAUCCCCAAACUACCUGUCUGUCCAAACUCAUUUGUCUUUUUGAUUCACCAAAAGAACAUAACACACACACACACACACUUACACAUUCAAAUUCCCAGUCGGGUUUUUUGGUCAAUGGCUCAUUCUCUGUUGUCAUAUUUUUGUACGUGGGAAUAUCUGUGUUGUUGUUGAUUUAAAUUCCCCGUAAUUAUUUCAUCCACAAUAAAAACAUGUCUGCAGUUGGAACAUACUUGUACUUCAUCUUCUCCAUCUUGACCAACAUCAUCAAAGUUUUUUGAUUGAUUAAUUUUGGUUAAACAUCUUGUGCAUACAUUUGUACCUCACAUCUACAUAUGUAUAUAUGACCUUUUCCAUCUCUUCAUCUCAAUAUUCCAGUUGAUCUUUUAUUAAAUUCCAUGGCUUAUGAACACUUUGAUGAUAAGCCCAAACAGAAACUUUUAAUCAUCAGUAGUACCACUUAUUUGAAACAGCUAGGAAACAUCAUAGGAGAAACAGGAGAUUUGGUUUUGGGGUUUUCUUCUUCAAUAUGACCAUGAUUAAUCCUAGUCCUGCAUCUGCUUCUCCUCCUCAUCAUCAUCAUCAUCAAGGUUUUUCCAAACAGCAAUUUUCUUGUAUCAAAAGGGUUUAUGUUGUUCCUGAAGACAAUAACAACAACAACAACAACAACCACAAAACUAACAAAGAAGAUCGUUUGAUCAGUGUUAUGAGCCGGAUUGAAGAAGAAGAAGAAGAAGAAGAAGGUGGAUAUGGUUGCACUAAUGCUAGCAAAGUCGUACCUGAAACCACUGCUAAUCUUCUCAUAGAUAGAAGAUCUGAUAUUUCAGAAUCAGAAUCAGAAGGAGAAGAAGAAGAUCAUCAGCAAAAUAUACUAAUGGCUGAUCAACAACAACAAGAAGAAGAUGAUUCCAGAACUAAAGAAAGUACUAUGAAUAUUGAAGCGACAACAACUGCAUCUGCACCCACAACUUCUUUACUAUUAAGGGAUAUUGCGGAUGAUGAUCAUCAAGAGGAUGAAAACUGGCUUCAACUUAGCAUUGGUGGUGGCAGCCGCCGUGAGACUUCUCAUAACGGCCGCCACCAUCGAAAAAGUUCUUCCAUGGUUGAGCUUGAUUUAUUACCGGGGAUCAGUUCUAGUAGUACUACAACUACUAGACCUAAUAAUAGUACAUCAGCUGUUCCUACCUCUUCUAGUUCUAUGUUUCAUUCGCCGGAUUUCGGAGCUCAUCUUGCUUUGAGGCCGCCGCCUCCGCCGCCGCCUUUUGCCAAUAUAGUCGUAACUGGCGGCAACGGCAACGGAAACGGCGCGUCUUCUUCUUCGACUAAUUACUAUAAUUAUUAUUACAGUUCGGGUAUUACUAAUAAUAAUAAUACGUCUUUGUUUAUGCCACAAUAUCAUCAUGGUCAUGGAGAUCAGCUUGAGUUCAACUGGGGCGCCGGCUGUUUUAGGCCGUUUCAUCUUCAGACGAAUAUGCUAUCACCAUCUUCUUCUUCUUCUAGAUUAGUUCCAACGGCAUCAUCGGCGGGUUCUUAUUUUGCACCAAGGCCCUUCUUAUUCCAUGCCGGACUAGGUCUUCCCGCCGGACCACCGCCCCGGCAGAGUACCAUUGAUUUCAGAGUCAUUGAUCCACCUCCCCGGCGACCCUUUUCUGGCAUUUGGUUCACGCUGCAAGCUGCUAACCAUCAGUAA